AUGAACAAUAAGAAGAAGGAGGAAGAGGCAAUGGAAAAAAUGCGAAUUAUAAGAAUGCGCGAGCAACAAAUUGAAGCGCUGAAGCAGCAGCAACGGAUGCCGCCAUGGUCGCCUUAUCGCACCAGAAGAUAUUGCAGUCGUAUGCAAAAGCAGCCGUUGGUACGCGCAGUGUCUUCUAAGGAUAUUGCUAGUACGUCAAGAAAUUCACCGUCUCAUCAGGAAAAAGAGCAUUUUCGCGGAAAACGAGAAAGCAGUGCUAGCGGAAAGCAAGAUAUUUCGAAAAAAAGGCAAAAGUUCGAUCAGAUAGAGGUUUGUGAAACAAAAAGAAGCACUACUCGGAAAAUGAGCUCCAAGAGCGAACAGACUGCAGCCACGGAAAUGGAAGGCAUGGGUACUGCACAAGCCCUGGCAACCGAAGUAGCAUGUUCAAAUGCACUGCAGUUUGAACAGGCAUCUACAUAUCUGCAUUACGAAAAAACGGCAAUGCAAAAGAAUCUGCGUAGCAAAGAAGGUUCACUGAGCAGAUCAGAGGAAAUCACCGAGAAAAAUGAUAUCAUAUCAAAGGGAAUGCCUACAAUGACAAAGGCCAGGCAUUCUAGUCAUCUGCUGGUGAAAUCCAUAACCAAUCUAUCAAAAAAUCAUGCAAUGGCAAGGCGUGCGCUGUCACUCACUACGCAGCUAAAGAAAUCGGUGCAAAGUGGCGCACACGGUGACGUCGUAGCGGAGUCUUCGGCAGACAUUAAGGCGGAAAAAUGUGCGGAGGAUAAGGAGAAUACGAAUAAUGGUUCUGGUCAAAAUAUGGAAGAUACUGCAAAAAAUCAAGCGCCGAAAAGCAUGGAUGUAUCACGUGCAAGUGAUUCAUUGAAGAGUACUAGCAAUAACUACAACAUCAAUGACUUGUCUUCACAAGAUGAAACGGACGAUGAAACACAGCCGCGCAAACCAAUCCCACUCUGGGCACAAGAUGAAACGUUAAAACAAGCUUUGGUGAAGCAGAUAUUACAUCCGUGCAUCGAUGUUGAUACUUUUUUUGGACCGGUGCAACCGCCAAAUCUCACUGCUAUCUUUUCGAGGGAUUGCAGCCGGUACACGAAAAGAAGUUCGUCGGCGCAGUGGACGUCACCAAUGAGCAACCCGAGACCCGGAAGGAGUAGAUAUGUCGAACUGCUGAAAGAAAAAAAGCUCGCCGAAUUGCUGUAA